AUGAGUGGGCAUGUAAGAACAAGAUCCCAAUCUGCAGGAAGAAGAAAUGAUGGAGAGUCUUCCCAGCCAGUUAGACCUCUGGUUGCUCAGCAGCCCAGUGAUAAACAACCUCAACUAGAAGAACCACAAACUGAGAGUCAGGAUAUUAUACCUGCUUAUGACAUUGAAGAUGAAGGAGCAUCUGUAGCUCAAAGGGCUGAUAUGGAAGCUGAUCAGUAGAAACUGGUUCUCUUGAAGACUGUGGAUGAGCCUGGAGGUGGUCCUGAUGUCAAGAAGGAGAUUCUACCAAGUCUAGAGCCUGUUAAAAUGCCAGAAGCUGGUGAAGGACAACCACAGAUUUAAACAGAGACAGACUGAAGCCAAGCAUGCUGUCCUUGUGUUGGAAAUUUGACUGCUAACCAUCUCUCAAUAAAGUUUUACAACUUAAAAUAAAAGGAAAAAAAGGCCAAAAUA